CUCUUACACCCACUUCAUAGGCAUCAUAUUUUCUUCUUUCCAAAUACCCUAAUUCAGUUAUUCUCUCUCUUCUUUCUCUCUCUAACUACUUACAAUGGAUGCAAGCUCCACAGAAGAUCUAAGCACAACUACUGAAACAACCUCAACGGUUGCGGCUCCCGUGAGCACCCCGCCGUUGAUCGGAAGCGGCGGCAGUGUGGUUCUUGACAUGGAACUCGGCUUGGAAGCCGAGUCGAGGAAGCUGCCUUCCUCAAGGUUCAAGGGUGUGGUCCCGCAGCCGAACGGGCGCUGGGGUGCUCAGAUUUACGAGAAACACCAGCGCGUGUGGCUUGGGACCUUUAACGAAGAGCACGAGGCCGCGAAAGCGUAUGACACGGCGGUGCAACGCUUUCGCGGCCGUGACGCGGUCACAAACUUCAAACCUCUCCCGGCCGACACGGAAGAGGCGAGUUUGGAAGCGAGUUUUUUAAACUCGCAUUCGAAAGCCGAGAUUGUAGAUAUGUUGAGAAAACACACAUACAAUGACGAGCUUGAGCAAAGCAAAAGAACCUGCAUCUUGCAGAAAACUACCGGACCGGACGGUGUCCGGUCCGGGCACCAGUCGGUCAACUCCAGGGAGCAACUGUUUGAAAAAACAGUUACUCCCAGUGACGUUGGAAAACUAAACCGACUGGUAAUACCAAAACAGCAUGCGGAAAAGCACUUUCCGCUGCAAAUCGGAAACACAUCCAAAGGAGUUCUUCUACAUUUUGAAGAUAUUGGUAUGAAAGUGUGGAGAUUUCGUUACUCUUACUGGAACAGUAGUCAAAGCUACGUGUUGACCAAAGGUUGGAGCCGGUUUGUGAAGGAAAAGAACUUAAAAGCCGGUGACAUUGUUAGUUUUCAAAGAUCUACCGGUCCAGACAAGCAGCUUUACAUCGACUGGAAGACGAAAACCGGAUCUAGUAACACGAGUUCAAGACCAAUCCAACCGGUCCAACCAGUCCAACCGGUCCAACCAGUGCAGAUGUUUAGGUUGUUUGGAGUCAACAUAUUUAGUGCUAAUACUAAUAAUAAUACUCUUGCUGUUGAUAGUAGCACUUGCAAUGGAAAGAGAAAUAACAUAGAAAUGGUGUUGUUGGGAAUGGAGAAUUGUAAGAAGCAAAAGAUUAUUGACCCUUUGUAACAAUCUCUCAUGUUUGGAGGGUUUGUGUGGUAACAUUUUGGUCUACUUUUUUCCUCUAGAGAUGAUGAUGAUGGGGAAUGAAGCUGGAAAGUGGUGGGAAUGGAAUAGAGGAGGAAGCAAGUUGCAAGUUGCAAAAGUUUGUAUAUUGAUUUUUAGAAAUUUAAAGAUAAUUGAGCUAAAGAAAGCUCAAUGUAGGGAUCAAGUUUAAUUCUAGUAAAAUCCCAAGAAAAAUAGAAACUUUUUGUUUUUCUAUAUUCAUCAUAUCAAUUAGGUUGUUGAUUAAUUAAUCUUUGGUGUUCAAAUAUGUUAUAGCUAAUAUCAAAUUGUAUUUAUCAUAACUUUUACAUGCAAGUUGCCUUUGAUUAAUCUUUAGUAUUUAAAUAUGAUGUUAAUCCUUCAAGAAAA